AUGUCUUCAGAUAUAGAUGAGAUUGAGCGGAAACUCAAAGGUCUCAGUCUCAGGGAUAUGAGAUGCAACUCGAAAAUAUCGCCCACGCAGUAUGCAAUAUCGCUUUUUGAGGUAGCUGCUGCAAAAGAGCAUGUUGGUCUUCUUUCAGAGGCAGCAGAAUACUAUAGAAAGGCAUAUAAGUUGGAUGAUAAGGUGGACAAACAGUAUCGAACAAAACUUUUGGAGAAAUUACCACCAUUGGAAAAGCGGAAGGAUGGAAUACCAAAAGUUGACCAUAGGUUUGUUCGAUUAGAUCUCAGCAAGAUUCAAGUGCAGAAACUGCUAUCAACAUUUUCAGAGUGCGAAUUUGAACCACUGGAUGAGGAGCAAAACCCGGAAAUACCAAUUGCUAUUCUUCCAGAUGAGAUGCUCAUGUAUAUUUUGAAGCUUUUACAAUUGAUGAAUGCACCUGCCUGGUUCAAUCUCUCGAUGACAUGCAAGAAAAUGGCCUAUUUGGGAUUUUACGAUAGCCGAACGUGGAAAGUAAUGGCCAAGUCCGUAUACAGCAAGCAAGUGUAUCGGAUUGAGGAAGGUACCAAAUAUCGACAAAUCAUGCGUAAGAAAUGGGGGAGACAGUAUUUGAAGAUGCUUCGGGAAAGACCUUUCAUCAAAUAUAGAGGGGUGUAUGUGAGCACAGUAAUUACCCAAAAACCAGGUGGCAGGGAGGAAUUUUCGAGUAGUUGGGCUGUGCCUUUCAGGAUGAUCACAUACUAUCGUUACUACCGAUUUUUCCGAGAUGGCAGUUCUCUCAAGUUGCUCACAAUUCUUGAACCAUCCAAGGUCAUCCCUCUUUUAUACAAGAACUGGAAGGAGUUAAUAAAAAGGCAAGAACUUGAAGAUAACGAAGGUUCCAAUAGGCCGCUAGUUAACUCAACAACAAAACGGUGGUAUAAUAUCUAUGAGGGAACAUUCAGCAUCAGCCCUGAAGGUUUGCUCAUUGUGAAAAGUGAAGGUUCACAGAAGGAUUGGAACUUCAUAGAUAGGCUUCAGAUCGAAAAUGGAGGCAGGUACUCUAGGCAUGAUCGGUUGAAAUGGAUAGAAAUGGGAUAUAUAAACACUUUUAACAAUGAGCCUGGAACAUUUGGGCUUGAGUCUGAGAAGGACUUUAAAUUUAUGAGGGUGGAGGAAUAUGCGGAUCCGGCUAGAAGAGUGUGA